UUUUCCUUUUUUUUUUUUUUUUUAAAAGCAAAGCCUCGCCCUGUCUCUGUCUCCACCAAAUAGUGGAAAGCCUAAUCUCUUUCCGCUGUUCCAUUCCCUAUUCCUUCCCUUUACCUUCCAUUCAAACUCCAUCAAUGGCGGACCUUGAUCUCUCCUCCCCGCUCCUCCCUCCUCAAUCCUCCCAUCGCCCCCAUGUUGUCCUUAACGUCCUCGAUAACGACUUCAGUCAACAAUCCGCCUCCACCCUAUCUCAUAAUCACCACCACCACAACAGCAAUAACAACAAUCACGCUUCACACCUAAACCACAAUUCUCGCAACCCGUUCGAGUUUCUCGGGUCGGAUGGGCUGACAGUGCCCGCACCAUCUACAAUUGAUCCAUUCCGGAAUAAUACGCCCAAUAUUGAAGGAGCUUAUGAGUCGCUAAAGAUCUUGGUUUGCUUACCGAUUGCUGUGGUGCGGUUGGUGCUUUUUGGGGUUUGUUUGUUGGUCGGAUUUAUUGCUACAAAAUUGGCUCUCCAGGGAUGGAACGAUAAGCAUAAUCCUAUGCCCAGAUGGCGCUCUAGGCUAAUGUGGAUCACUAGGAUUUGUGCCCGCUUUAUUCUCUUCACUUUCGGCUACCAGUGGAUAAAAAGAAAAGGAAAGCCUGCUCCUAGAGAAAUUGCUCCAAUUGUUGUAUCAAAUCAUGUAUCCUACAUCGACCCUAUCUUCUACUUCUAUGAAUUAUUUCCUACAAUUGUUGCAGCCGAGUCGCAUGAUUCUAUACCAUUUGUUGGAACUAUUAUCAGAGCAAUGCAGGUAAUAUAUGUCAAUAGGUUCUCACAGUCAUCAAGGAAACAAGCAGUUAAUGAAAUAAAGAGAAAGGCUUCGUGUGAUAGAUUUCCUCGAGUGCUAUUGUUUCCAGAGGGAACAACAACUAGUGGCAAGGUCAUUAUAUCUUUCCAACUUGGUGCAUUCAUUCCUGGUUAUGCAAUCCAACCAGUGAUUAUACGCUAUCCUCAUGUUCACUUUGACCAAUCCUGGGGGCAUAUUUCAUUGGCAAAGCUCAUGUUUAGGAUGUUUACGCAAUUUCACAAUUUCAUGGAGAUAGAGUAUCUACCCAUAGUUCAGCCCCUUGAUAAUUGUAAAGAAAAUCCUGCUCAAUUUGCUAAGAGGACUAGCUAUGCCAUUGCGACUGCUCUUAAUGUUGUACAAACAUUUCAUUCCUAUGGGGACUUGAUGCUUCUUAUGAAAGCAUCCCAGUCAAAGCAGGAGAAGCCCUCAAAUUACAUGGUUGAAAUGGCUUGUGUUGAAUCAUCUUUUCAUGUAAGUAGCUCGGAUGCCGUGGCCUUUCUGGACAAGUUUCUCUUAAUGAAUCCAGACCCCAGUGGUCGUGUUAAAAUCCAGGACUUUUUGAGGGUUAUGAGACUAAGGAGUUGUACUCUUUCAGAAGAGAUAUUUGGAUUCAUUGAUGUGGAAAAGAAUGGAUCAAUCACAUUCAAGCAGUUCUUAUAUGGAUCAGCGCAUGUCAUGCGGCAGCCAUUAUUCAGGCGAACCUGUGAACUAGCCUUUACCAAUUGCAGUGCUGGAGGAGGAGGUCAAAUUUCAAAAGAACAAUUGGGAGAUGUAAUUAGACUGUCAAUCCCAGACUUGGAUGACAAUGAGUUGCAGGUGGACGAGGUCUUCAAAUUAUUUGUUAGUGAGGGUGAUGGGAGAGUGAGCAAGGACAAUUUCAUGUGUUGCUUGAAAAAGAAUCCACUGCUGAUAGCACUUUUCUCACCUUGUUUAGUGAACGCAGAAACAGGUGAUAGGAUGUUGGAGGAGAUUGUUUGAUGUAUUUAUUUCAGUAAUUGGUAAGCGUACAAUUAAUUAAUACCCCCUCCGAUAUUUUGGUUUUGUAUUGAAUGAGGGAAGGAUGGAGGUCGGCAGGUAGGUAGGUAGGUAGGUAGGGGUGUCAAAAGGGAUUUUUUAAGCUUUUGCCACUCUUAACGCAUUCAGAUGACAUAGUUUUCAUAAACUUGUCAAUUGAACUUUACUUGCUAGUUUUAAAUGCACAAUCCAGAAAUGCAAUGUUUUUUUCUUGUUUUGGUACU